AUGGGCUUACUCUCAAUUUUGCGUAAAUUGAAAAGUGCACCAGACCAGGAGGUGAGACUCCUUCUCCUGGGUUUGGAUAAUGCUGGCAAGACCACCCUUCUGAAGCAGCUUGCAUCUGAAGACAUCAGCCACAUCACACCUACACAGGGUUUUAACAUCAAAAGUGUACAAUCACAAGGGUUUAAACUGAAUGUAUGGGACAUUGGUGGACAGAGGAAAAUCAGACCAUACUGGAGGAAUUAUUUUGAAAACACUGAUAUUCUUAUAUAUGUGAUUGACAGCGCAGACAGAAAAAGAUUUGAAGAGACGGGCCAGGAGCUAGCUGAAUUACUGGAGGAAGAAAAGCUAAGUUGUGUUCCAGUGCUCAUCUUUGCUAAUAAGCAGGAUUUGCUCACGGCAGCCCCUGCCUCUGAAAUUGCAGAAGGACUGAACCUGCACACCAUCCGGGACCGAGUCUGGCAGAUCCAGUCCUGCUCAGCUCUCACAGGAGAGGGCGUUCAGGACGGCAUGAACUGGGUCUGCAAAAAUGUCAUCGCAAAGAAGAAAUAA